GUUUCUUUCAUUUGUGUUUUGCUUCCCUUCCCUUGCUCUGCAAAAGAAGUAAAUCUCUUGUUGCAAGCUACUUUCUCCUCGUCCAUGGCGUGCAUCAACCUAAAUCUCGACGCAGACAUUAACAAAUGCCUGAGCGGGCUGUGGGCAUCGCUGCCAGUACUGGGCAGGCCAAAAUCUGGCAUCCAGAAAUUGGAGAAGGAAAUGGCAAGAUUGAGAGUCAAAAGGGACGACAUCAAGAACCAGAUCGACCAGGCGGAUCGCCAAGGGAAAAUUCCGACCAACGAAGUCAGCCAGUGGCUACGGGAGGUGGAGGAACUGGAAGCCCAAGUGGCUGCUAUCAAGCAGGAUUUCCAAAGCAUGAGUUGCUUCAGUUGCAAUUGCUUCAAUCAAACCGGCGGCACGUCGACUCAAACACAGCAAGCAGGAGAUCAGGUCUCUAUCGGAGAGUCAUCAAACUGCUGCUCCAUCAUUCGAAGAGUGGCGAAGAAGCUCGGCGAGGCUACUGAAUUGACGAACAGAGCUGGUGCACUGGAUCCGAUUGCCACAGUUGGGCCUCCGGAACCCACCAUGAUGCUUCCCAUCUCGCACCGACCGCCUGUCGGGAUCGAGUCGUAUGUGGAGGGCAUUGUGAGCUACAUCGAUGGUGGAGAAGGCAACAUCAUAGGCAUCUACGGAAUGGGCGGUGUCGGUAAGACCACCAUGUUGAAGAGGAUCCAGCAACACUAUCAUCUUAACCAUGCCAUAUUUGAUCGGGUGAUUUGGGUUGUGGCCUCCAAAGACUGCCAAUUGAAAAGGCUCCAGAUUGAUAUUGCUAGGAGUCUAAAUCUGCAUACACUAGAGGAGAAUGACGAUGAACAAACCUGUGGCGUUAAGUUGUGUAGCUUCUUGAAGAACAAAAACUGCUUGUUGCUUCUCGAUGACAUUUGGGAACGUUUGGAUCUUCAACUGUUGGGGAUGGCACACUCGGGUACUGAGCAAGGCCAGCAGCAGCAUCAGCAGCCGCGCAAAGUCGUGGUGUUCACGACCCGCAGUGAGAUAAUGUGUGCACAAAUGAAUGCAGAAAAGAAGGUGAAAGUCAAUUGUCUGGAUUCAGAUCAAGCAUGGCAACUCUUUGUGCAGAAUAGCGAUGGGGAUGUUCUCGGCUCAGAUGCUGGAAUUAAGUUCGUUGCCGAAAAACUUGCUAAAGAAUGUGCAGGCCUUCCGCUCGCUCUUGUCACCGUCGCUCGUGCCAUGUCAGGGAAAAGGUCUUGGGAAGCUUGGAACGAUGCUCUCCAUCAAAUAAGAGAUAAACAUGAGUGGGCAACCAUUGCACUUCCGGAAGAUUCACUCGUCAUGUAUAAAGCCUUCAAGCUGAGCUACGACAGUUUAGAGAAUGACUCCGUAAGAGAAUGCCUCUUGUGCUACGCUUUGUGGCCUGAAGAUUAUCAGUUCGACAAGUUUUUUGAGUUGAUACAGUGUUGGAUAGGUUGUGGCAUAAUCCAUGAAUUUAAUGUGAUCAAUGAAGCUUUCGCCCAAGGAUACUCCCAUUUGGAAACUCUCGUGGCUGCAUCCUUGCUUGAGCAAUGUGGCGACUUGAACUUUCCUUAUGGCAACAAAAGUGUAAAGAUGCACGAUGUCAUCCGAGACAUGGCACUGUUGAUGGUCUCUAGGUUGGAGGGGAACAAAAGACAAUGGAUUGUAAAAGCAGGAAUCGGGAUGAGUGAAUUGCCUAGACAAGAAGAAUGGCAAGAAGCAGAGCGAGCAUCAUUCAUGAGGAAUGAGAUUACUUCUUUACAAGAGUAUGAAGCUUCCACUUUUCCAAAACUUUCUAUGUUGAUUCUCCAUUACAACCAUCACCUGAAACAAAUUCCUCCGAGUUUGUUCGCAAGCAUGCCUCGUUUAAAAUACUUGGAUCUCAGUGGAUGUCGUAUAACAGAGCUUCCCAAGGAGAUUUGUAGCUUAGCCGAGCUUCAAUAUUUAAACUUGUCAGAUAAUCGUAUUAUAAGAUUGCCGUUUGAAUUUGGUUGCCUUAGCAAAUUACAGUACUUGUUUCUAAGUUCUACUCGUCUUAAGAUUGUACCCAAUGGGGCGAUAUCCAAUUUAUUAAUGCUCAAGUGGCUGGAUAUAAGUAACAAUCCUCUUGUACCCGAGUGGUGGUGGGAUGAGCUGAAAUGUUUCAAAGGACGCCACCAAUUAAGUGUGACAAUUGACAUUAACGCUACAACAGAUAAUAUUGAGCGACUCAAUAUGUUACCACCAAAUGUCUCCUUAUGGGUACUCACUUUGGAUGGAGAGAAUAUUUCAAAACUUCCAAACUAUGAUCUGGACACUCUACAAUGGGGUUGCAGGGUAAGUGACAACCUUGUAUUUUUGUGCAUUCAGAACCUCAGAUUAGACCGAUUAGAGUUGGCUGUAGGCGUGGGUCGCGAAUCAAGUUUCGGAUGUUUAAAGAGUCUCCGUUUUAUUGACCUAACACUAUUGGAAGAGAUUUCAUUGAAUAGAGUUCGGUUCUACAACCUUCGUGAAAUAUAUAUUCAUGAUUGCCCCAUGUUGAAGGAUGCUUCUUGGGUUCUCCAACUGCCAUGCCUUAAUUGUCUAGACAUAAGUAUGUGUGGAAAAAUGAAGGAAGUAAUAAGUGAGGUAGGCAACUCCAACUCCAUCUGUAGCUCUAGCAUCCAAUACUUGAUUUUGUGGAACAUGUCGGACCUCAAUCUCAUUGCAAACCGACCGCUCCAUUUUCCCUACUUGGAAUAUAUACGAGUGCGCGAAUGCCCAAAGCUCAUAAAAUUACCAUUUGGGACUGAAAUAUUGAAGAACAGAUUAAAAGUGAUUAAAGGUGAAGAAGAUUGGUGGAACAACUUGGAUUGGGAUGACGAGAGCAUCAAGGAUUCCCUCACCCCUUAUUUUAGGUCUUGGCAUCGUUGAUCAUGGUUUAUGACCAAUUUCGAAAUGAAGCAUAGGCCUUUUGGCAAGGAGGCCAUAGGGCGUUCAAUGUUUUGAUCGUCGUGGAUGGUCAAAUUGUUGGAUUCUUUGGUUGGUUGGACAUGCAUCUAAAUUUGAUUGAUGAUUCCUAGCUAGUUAAUUGGAUAUCUAUUUAGUGUUUUAAAAUUUGAUAUUGAUAUUGUCUUCUCAACUUUAUUUCA